GGGCGCCAUUGCCACAUUGUUUACUGUUGCUUUGCGUUGUCAUGUUGUGAUCAUAAAAAUUGCGAGUUUUGCGGCUGAAAUCUGGCUGCAAACUAAACGUUCUUAAUUUAACCUAGCAAAUUGCAGUUACGGGACAAAGAACAAGGACUGCAUAAUCCGGAAUCCUGACAAACAUUCAAUGAUCUGAAAUUUACAUAAUGGUUGAGGUUUGAUAUUUAGUUGGUCCUACAUCUGAAAUGGAACAAUACAACAUUUUAGAACGUAUUGGUGAAGGUGCUCAUGGGAUAGUGUUCAAAGCAAAGCACAUAGAAACUGGCGCUGUUGUGGCAUUGAAGAAGGUUCCACUACGGAAAUGGGAGGAUGGCAUUCCAAACACAGCUCUCAGGGAAAUAAAGGCUUUGCAAGAAAUAGAGGAAAACCAACAUGUGGUGAAAUUAAGAGAGGUGUUUCCGCAUGGUACUGGUUUUGUGCUGGUAUUUGAAUACAUGCUCUCCGAUUUAUCCGAAGUGGUACGCAAUUCGGAAGAACCAUUGACUGAAGCACAGGUCAAAAGUUACAUGCUAAUGUUACUGAAAGGCGUGGCCUAUUGUCAUGCCAACUCAAUUAUGCAUAGGGACUUAAAACCAGCUAAUCUGUUAAUAAGUGAGACAGGGCAUUUGAAGAUCGCUGACUUUGGUUUAGCAAGAGUAUUCAGCAAUGAAGAGGGACGUCAGUAUAGUCAUCAGGUGGCCACUAGAUGGUAUCGAGCACCAGAAUUACUCUACGGGGCCAGAAAAUAUGAUGAGGGUGUUGACUUAUGGGCUGUUGGUUGUAUUUUUGGUGAGCUGUUGAAUAACUCGCCGCUGUUUCCUGGUGAGAAUGACAUUGAGCAACUCUGCUGUGUCCUCCGGGUCUUGGGAACGCCAACUGAAGAAACCUGGCCGGGUAUGAAAGAUCUACCAGACUAUAACAAGAUCACUUUUCCAGAAAAUCCUCCGAUACCUUUGGAAGAGAUUGUCCCAGAUGCUGCAAAGGAAGCACUGGACCUUCUUAAGAGCUUUCUGGUGUACCCAUCCAAGCAACGGAUCUCCGCUGCAGAGGGUCUUCUUCACCCGUACUUUUUCACCGAACCCCUCCCAGCACACCACUCCGAGCUACCAAUACCACAGCGCAGUAAACGCAUGCGACACCGUACCCAACACGCCAAGGAGUUUGAUAUUGACGCCCCUCUAGAGCAAUCGUUGGUAAAUCCGGAAUGGAUAGCCCCAUAUGUGCGAUGACAGGACUUUAGCUUAAAUGGGAGACCCACUUGUUCUUGUGUUUGAUGAACUUUGAUGAGCUGAUCCUACAUUUGAUAAAAGUGUGAAUAUCCUGAGCUGUUCAUUCAGUUAUUGACUGAGAUGCAUGAAAACAUGCAUACUGACUAUUGUACUUUAUUCAGAACAAUGAUAUGGAAUAAUAGGAACAUUUAAUUAUCAAUUUUAGAAUUACUUAUUAAAAUUAGAAUCCUGUCAAAAGUAUUUGUUUUGAUAAUGUAAUUUUAUUUAUCAUGGUGUAUAUAAAUACCUACAUAUUUAUUCACUCUCUGAAUUGGUUAAGUUCUUUUUUUAUGUUUAUCCACAAAAAAACCUUUUACUACUUGUGGACAAAGGUCUGGUUACUUUUUUUUUCAGUAAAAAUACUUGAUAAAAAUGAGAAGGUCUGCGUUCUGUACAUAAUACAAACAAAUAUGAGAUAAUAAUAAGUAUUCCACCCAUGUAUUCCAAUGGUGACGGGGUGGGGAGGUCUGAGGCUCCCAACGGAAACAAGUGGACGUUGUCAGGCAUUUCUCAAAAUCUCUCGAAAGUGUUCCAUGGGGGAAAAUUUCACAAUUUAGAGGUUUCAAAGGCUAUUUAAUCAAAUCUGCAAUCUACUAGUAUGCAAAAAAUACAUAUACAUUUUUUUCUUCCCGAUGAAUUGUGGUUUUUUUGGGGGGAAGGGGCGACUGGGAGAACGAGUAAUGCUUGUGGGGGCCUAGAUAUGCCAUUAUAACUAAGAGCUAAACUCUAUUUUUACUAGACUAGAUGUAUUGUAUACUACUGUAGCUACUAUGCACAUAUGUAUAUAUAGUACAACAAUUACUAGUUAAAGUUGUUAUGUAUAUGCAAAGUAUGUUGGACCUUGUAUAUUAUACUGUACAAUAUUCAUUAAAAACUAAAUAAAAAGUUUUAAAUAUUAUAUUGACA